GUGCUUAUUGAAGAAUUACAAACAGUUUUAUUUUAAAGCCCUUAUCGAUCGAAUUGGUUUGCUAAUAGAAUAGAGUAUACAAAAGAAAAUAUUUAGCGAAUUAAGAUUCGCCACGAAUGACAGCCGUAUAUAUAGUACCUUUAAUUAUCAAGUUAUCAAGAUGAUUGCCAUUACAGGGAAAGGUGAUCUGGUCUUAUCCUUAAUUGUUCUUGGCAUUUUAUGCAGCAACUGUCGUUUCACCUAUGGCAAAGUAAAUACAGUAUCUAAAAUUAUUAAUGGUGGGGAGGCGCACAUGGUAGAUUACCCGUGGGUAGUUUCAGUGCGUGUCGAUAAUAUUCACGCUUGUGUAGGUAGCAUUGUUACUGAACAGCAUGUGAUUACUGCAGGUCACUGUGUGCAAUAUGUCAAAUCGAUUCCCAUUGAUCUUGACCGUGUAAGUGUACGCGUAGGUAGUACUAAUCAAUAUUCGGGUGGUAAAGUGCUUGAUGUGUCUUCAAUUGUUAUCCACAGCGAAUGCGAAAACUUUUUACAUGACAUGGCGAUUUUAAAGUUGAGCGAAAGCUUGGAAUUCGGCCCAAAAAUUAACAAAAUCGAGGUGGCCGAGAGAGACAGUGAAGUCGAAUCAGGUACACCAGUUAUUGUUGCCGGUUGGGGUCUCAAUGCCAACGGUACACAUUCUGCCAAACUUCAGUAUUUAAAUAUGACUGCUAUAAGUAAUGAAGAAUGUGAUGAACAAGUGAACUAUGGCUACGAGUCGAUACUUUGUCUGCAACAUCCUCUAGAGCAGGGUAUAUGCCGAGGUGAUUACGGUGCUGGCAUUGUGGCUGAAAACAAAUUAAUCGGCGUCGCCAGUUUUUCUUUCGGUUCUUGCGGUAGCCAAUUUCCCGAUAUUUCUAGUCGAAUUUCUUAUUACAGUGAUUGGAUUAACGCUUGGCUCCCCUGAAUGCUCUCUUCAUAAAUUUUAUAAAUGAAACUUGCUAAGCAUUGAAAAUUCAAUAAAAUAUUUUCAUUGACAAUAA